UGCUGAGCAACCUGGGCUGCAUGUUUCGAAAUUGAUGCCAGCCUGGUUUUGCACAUCUCUGUGCAGUUGACAGCGGAUUCACUCCUCACAAUUCCCCUCCUCCCUCCCGCCACGUGAGUGGCAUUGCCUCGCAGUGGUGUCCGUGAGCGUCGCUAAAGAAGUCCCGGGACAGGUUCGGUGGAGGUGAAGCCGCUCCAACCUGGUCCAGCUCUAGAAGGCGUGGAAGUUCCUCCGCGUUUCUCAUUUUAACUGGGCGUGAGCAGCGCUCUUUUCUUUGGCAUCGGAUGGUCCUGGCACGUCGUGGGUGGUGUUCAUUGCCCAGACGUUCAUUGCAAUUUGAACAGAGAAAAACCGCCGUUUUCUGUCAUUUCUCCGAGAGGAGAACUCAAGCAGUAGGAAAAUGUCUGUUUUCCCUAAAAUAUCUUUGAGACUUGAAGUUGAAAACUAUCUUAAAGCGGGCUUUAUGAAUAAGGAGGAUUCUCCAGGCAAAAAUACUGAAAUGGAUUGCCGUUUCCUACUCCAGAGGAUCUUCCCAACCCAGGGGUUGAACCCAUAUCUUCUGCAGCUCUGCAUUGGCAGGUGGAUUCUUCACCGCUGAGCCACCUGGGAGACUCCACAUCGUAAUCUUAGCAAUCAUUUUUUUGGUAGAUAUUUCAUCCCCAUUUUUUACAGAUUCUGUCUGCUUUAGGUAAACAAGAAGCAGAAAGGAGGUUUGAAACGCUGUUACAUAACUUGUCUCACCCUCCGUCAUUCACCACGGUCAGGGUAAACACGCAUCUGGCCUCAGUACAACAUGUGAAAAAUCUGUUAUUUGAUGAGCUUCAGAAGGAAGGAUAUAAAACAACAGCCUUGUGAAGUCCUUGUUGGAGCCCAGUGUGGUAAUGCUGUGUUACGAGGAGCCCAUGUCUAUAUCCCUGGAAUCGUGUCAGCCUCAAAAUUUAUGAAAGGUGGAGAUGAUGUUUCCGUAUACUCUGAUAUUAAAGGCAAAUGUAAGAAAGGAGCCAAAGAAUUUGAUGGAACAAAAAUAUUUCUUGGAAAUGGAAUUUCUGAACUAAGUCGCAGAGAGAUCUUCAGUGGGCUGCCUGAACUGAAAGGUGUAGGCGUAAGAAUGACAGAGCCAGUGUAUCUCAGCCCUUCAUUUGAUAAUGUACUGCCCAACUACUUAUUUUUACAGAAUUUGCCAUCUGCUGUAGUAAGUCAUGUUCUGGAUCCUCAGCCUGGAGAGAAGAUUCUAGAUUUGUGUGCAGCUCCCGGAGGCAAAACAACACACAUUGCAGCACUCAUGCACGAUCAGGGAGAAGUGAUAGCACUGGAUAAAAUAUCCAGCAAAGUAGAAAAAAUAAAGCAGAAUGCAUUAUUGUUAGGAUUGAAUUCCAUCCGGGCAUUUUGCUUCGAUGGAACAAAGGCCCUUAAACUUGAUAUGGUUAAGGACACAGACGGAGAACCUCCAUUCUUACCAGAAUCGUUUGACCGAAUUCUUCUCGAUGCUCCCUGCAGUGGAAUGGGACAGAGGCCAAACAUGGCUUGUACUUGGACUUUGAAAGAAGUGAUGUCCUAUCAACCAUUACAGCGAAAACUCUUCACUGUGGCAGUGGAGCUGCUCAGGCCGGGGGGCGUGCUGGUGUACAGCACGUGCACUGUCACCCUGGCAGAAAACGAGGAACAGGUUGCCUGGGCCCUCGAGACGUUUCCCAGCCUUCAGCUUCAGCACCAGGACCCACAGGUGGGAGGAGAAGGGAUGCUGGGAGCUGGCCUGUCACCUGAACAGCUGAAACGGCUGCAGCGAUUCGAUCCCUCUGCAGUGCAGUCACUGGACCGUGACAUUGGUUCUCUGAGAGACGCCAGCAUAGAAGACCUGGUUUGGCUGGCAAAUAAGGAUUGUAUAGGUUUUUUCAUAGCAAAAUUUGUAAAAUGCAAAAGCACACAAGAGGAGGAUCUUUAGAAAUGAAAAUUCCAAACAUGUGCCAUGUGGUUAUUAUUAUUUUUUUAAACCAAACUCUCAUCAAGCCAUGUGAUUGAUGUCGUGGUUGCUGGAGAAACAGGAAAGGCUGCCAGCUCUUCCACCAGGAAUCAAGAGACUCUACUUCACAGAGAAAGAAACUGGAGGGUUGGGGUGGGAGUGGGGUGUGUGUUGAGAUUAUAUUUUGUGUUUUUAAGAAAAUUUUUCCUUUAUGGAUUUAGCAGAAUAUAAAGAAAAGGAGGUGCCUGUUGAAGUCUGGAACGUAUUUUCACUUGGGGUCUUUGUUUUAAUUUGUAAAGAAUGCAAGUCAUUUUUAAUGUUAAAAUGAGUGGAUUUUACAAAAGGAAUAAAAUUAGCAGUAUUUAAUUUGGUUAUAAAA